CGAUAUGAAGCAUGACGCCGUGUUUAUAUGCUCGUCUUCCUGCUUAUUCCAGAAUUGCAAACACCUUACUUUGAUACCGAAGAACAUCGCAACUUGAGCAACAAUGGGCAAAGACCAUCCUGAUGCAAACCUCCAUCCAGAGGCAACCGGUCUGGCAGCGAAGACUGUACAGGCACACUCCGCAGAAAACGAUCUGAAGCUCUACUCUGGCUGGUUCUGUCCUUUCGUGCAGCGCGUCUGGAUCACCCUCGAGGAGAAAGGGAUCCAAUACCAAUACAUCGAAGUGAACCCAUACCACAAGCCACAGUCUCUCUUGGAUAUGAACCCACGCGGUCUCGUGCCUACACUACAGUACCAAGGCAAGCCACUGUAUGAGAGCACAGUGCUUUGCGAGUUCCUUGAAGAAGCCUACCCGGACCACACACCCAAGCUUCUCCCUGAAGAUCCUUACCUUCGCGCUCGUACGAGAAUUUGGAUCGACUACGUCGGCUCCAGGAUCAUCCCAGCCUACCACCGCUUCCUCCAGCACCAAGGCUCCGACGGCCUCACAGAAAAACGAACCGAGUUUCUCAACCACCUCAAAGAAUUCACCAGCGAAAUGGAUCCCGAAGGGCCUUUCUUCCUCGGCAAGGAAUUCAGUCUGGUCGACAUCGCGAUUGCUCCCUGGGCCAACCGGCUCUGGGUGUUCGACCACUUCAAGGGGGGGUUAGGCAUCCCAGAAGUGGGUCAGGGUGGCAAUUUCGAGGAGGUCUGGAAGAGAUGGAGGAAGUGGUUGAGUGCUGUGGAGAGUAGGAAGAGUGUUAAGGAGACGCUGAGUGAUAAAGAGCAUUAUUUGUCGAUUUAUGGGAGGUAUGCGAGGGACGAGGCGCAGUCGGAGGCUGCGAAGGCUAUCAGGGUUGGUAGAGGUAUCCCUUGAGUGUUUAGAGAUCAUCAGGCUUCAGCUACUGGCGCAGAAGAAUAACAACUUGGGAAGUAAUGUACACAAUCAUUCAUCAGCCCGAGCCUGA